AGUCUUUGUUACUGCAUAUUUAUUCUAUUUUUUUCUCAUGCCUUCCUGAAUAUAUUAAGAUGCCUAUCUACAUUGUGGCAUGGUUCCCUCCAGGAGAGGGGGAUGACAAGAAUUCUGAGAAGAGAUUUCUGAGUUUGUUUUCUAAUCAUCAUGGUUAUCACAUUCCUGAAAAGGGAAUUGCAUUUGAUAGAGUGGUUGGCUUCCAAGAUAUUGGAGGAAAAGAUCAUUUCAGCACUGAGAAACUAGAGGUGCUACUGCUAAAGAAUGGUGUAAUUAGUGAGAAGAAAGAUGAUGAAGAUGACGAAGAUGAAGAUUAUCAUGAGAAUACGCGCAGGACAGUAAGAUCUUCUGUGAACCAUGAAUCGGACAUGGACUGAGCAGGGAAACAACUGCAGUUUUCCAUCAAUUGUCAGUGGUUCUUGCAACUGUAUGAAUUUCCACAAUCAAUUUCCAGUUUGUUGUCUCAAGAAAUUCAUUUUUACAAA